UUUCACCAUUCUACGGGAAUUCCCGUUGCACAACACGUGCAAAGAAUGAUGGCCUUGGGAACGCUCGACUUGCCAGCUUUGGCCGAACUUCAGCAGGCAAAUGACAAUUUGAAGGCCUUCUUGAAAACAUUUUGUGACCGUCUUCGGGAACAAAGAAUUGAGCGACAAAAAAUCGAGGAGAAGCUGAAAACUGUCGAAAGCCAGCUUUCAGAUGCAAGUCGGGAACAGGACGAGGUCAAAAGACUGCUGGAAGAAUUUGCAGCGUAUACACUUGCAAACGCAAAAGCUGAGGAGCUAGUUCGGGCUGUGCUUGAUGACCUAGAAGCCCGGAGGACUUUAAAGGAACGGCCGGAGGCCGCCACAGCAUCCUCUGAGAGCUUGGCGCUUAGCAUUUGUUUUACGCCAGAUGCGCAUGGAAUCCUCUCAGGAAUCCUUUGGGAGCCACUCUGCCUUGGUCAUGCCAAGGCCAAGACACCACAGAUGAGGGCAAAGCUGUCGAGAAGAAGAACAGGCCGGACGGAGCUGCACAAUGCCGUGUGCAGCGGUGACAAAGACUACGUCCAGCAGCUCCUGAAAAAUCACGCGUUUGUUGAUGCCACGGAUAGAAGUGGCCGGACACCACUACACUUGGCCGCCAGUGAGCUCUCGGAACCGGUCAAAAUCAUCGAACUACUGCUGGAGGCCAGAGCCAGGACUGAGGCUGAAGACCUCAGCGGUUUCACUCCCUUGAAUUUGGCUUGCGAUUCGAAAUGCAAGGAAGCGGUGGCUGUUCUGCAGAGCGCCGGUGACGAAAACUGUCUUCAGCAGCUCCUGCAGAAUCGCGCGUCCGUGGAUGCCACUGACAGAAGCAGCCGGACAGCCCUACACUUGGCCGCCAACGAGGUCUCCGGACCAAGCAACAUAAUGCGGAUCCUACUUGAGGCUAGGGCAUCGCUCAUGGCCAAAGAUGUAACUGGUUUAACGCCCAUGACAUUGGCUUGCCAAUCAAACGAAGCAGUGGCAGUUCUGCAGAGUGUGAUGGCAGACCAGGAAGAGAAACUCAAAGACGAGGCCAGAGAAGAGUGGAACAAAUUUGUUUUCGAGAUCAAGGCACUUUGGGAGAGCAACAAGUUGAAGCAAGUCCUGGAGAUCCAAGAGCAACGAUUUGGCAAGGAGGAUAGAGAUACCCUCAGCACCAAGAUCGAUCUGGCGGCUGUUCUGCAGCAGCAAAAAGAUUUCACCGCAGCACAGCAACAGCUGGAGGAAGUGUUUGAAGGUCUUGGCCAAGCUCCGUCUACCAAUCUGAAGGACGACCCAAUUAUGCACAGGGCUGUCGACCACUUUGCGAGUUUACUCGGCUGCCUUCACAACGACAAGGAGACAAAGUUGAAGGAAGUCUCGAAAAUGCACUCACAGAAGCUCGGGGAGGAC